UUUAGGAAGGAACGAAUGGUCAAAGUGGGAGAUAAGAUAUAAAGACUUGGUAAUUUCAACCGAUCGGAAUAGAAGCGAAUAUCAUCAUGUGGCAGCAUCGGACGAUCGGCCUUUUGGCCUUACUACUGCUUGCAGCAUGUAUUCAAGCACGAGAAAUCGAAUUACUGCGUUCAAAGCGGUACAGUGGAGGAGGAGGAUACUCCUCCAGUAGUGCCAGUAGUUCUGCCAGCGCAAGUUCGUAUGGCGGUGGUAGCAGUUUCUCCAAAUCCGAUGCUCAAGCUGUCGGCAGUGCCUCAGCAGGUGCUCAGUCCUCAGCAUUGUCAGGUGCACAUGGAGGCAGCGGUGGUCUAGGAGGUGGCAGUGGACAUGGAGGUGGCGGUGGACAUGGAGGUGGCGGUGGUCUAGGAAGUGGCAGCGGUCUAGGAGGUGGCGGCGGUCUAGGAGGUGGCAGCGGUCUAGGAGGUGGCGGUGGUUUAGGAGGCGGCCAUGGCGGUUAUGGAGGUAGUCACGGCGGUUAUGGAGGUCAAGGUGGAUACGGAGGCGGAAGUAGUGGUGGUUUAGGAGGCGGCAGUGGUCUAGGAGGUGGCGGUGGUCUAGGAGGUGGCAGUGGUGGUUUAGGAGGCGGUCACGGCGGUUAUGGAGGUCAAGGUGGAUACGGAGGCGGAAGUAGUGGUGGAUUCGGAGGCGCCGGUGCAGGUGCAGGUGCUGGUAGCGGUGGAUACGGCAGUGAUGGAUUUGGACCCGGAGGUGGUGGAGGCUUUGGUGGAGGAUCCGGUGGCAGCGGAGGCUACGGUGGUGGAUCAGGAGGUAGUGGUGGCUACGGUGGUGGCAGUGAUGGUGGAAGUGGAGUUGGUAAAGUUAGUGGAGGUGGUGGUAGUGGUGGUUAUGGUGGAGGUACCUCCAGUGCCGGAAGCUAUGGUGGAAGUAGCGGCGGAAGCGGCUCCUUAGGUCAUGGUGGAUCUGGAGGACAAGGUGGUGGUGGUUUUGGCGGCCCCUCAGGUCAGGGUGGUAGUGGUUAUGGCAAUGCUGGUUCUAGCGCAGGUAGUAGCGUUGGAAGUGCUGGUGGUUAUGGUGGCAGCGGUUCAAGUGGUGGUGGUCAAUUAGGUGGACUUGGAGGUGAUUCCGGUUUUGGGGGAGGAUCUGGUAAAUGGAGCGGCGGUGGCAAAGGUGGAUAUGGCGGAGCAGGAGGAUUUGGCGGAGAAAAUAAAUUUAAUCAUAUUCCAGGUGGACAUGGAGGAGGCUUAGGUGGCGGACAGGGAGGAGGCUUAGGUGGCGGACAUGGAGGAGCAGGAGGAUUUGGCGGAAGUUCAGGAGGUAGUUCGGGUGGUGGAUAUGGAGGAGGCUUAGGUGGCGGACAAGGAGGAGGCUUAGGUGGCGGACAUGGAGGAGGCUUAGGUGGCGGACAUGGAGGAGCAGGAGGAUUUGGCGGAGGUUCAGGAGGUAGUUUGGGUGGUGGAUAUGGAGGAGGCUCAGGUGGAUUAGGAAGUGGAGGUGGACACGGAGGAGGCUUAGGUGGCGGACAUGGCGGAGCAGGAGGAUUUGGCGGAGGUCUAGGAGGAAGUUCAGGUGGUGGAGGAUAUGGAGGAAGUUUAGGCGGAGGUGGAUGUGUUGAUGGAUGCGGCGGUGGUAGUGGCGCAGCAAAUGCUAAUGCUCAAGCUAGCGCUAGCGCAAAUGCCGGUGCAGGUAGUGGAGGCCUUGGAGGUCAUGGAGGUCACGGAGGUCACGGUCCGGGAGUGGAUUUAUUCUCUCGUAUCGCUGACACCGAUGAAGAUACGAAUAAGAGUGGCACUGUGGAAGGUGCCAAAGGUGUUUACAGCAGCAGUGCAGCUAACAUAGAUAGUAGUGGUAAAGGUACUUAUUCUGUGAAAGCAGGUAAAAUCCCGGCGUAAUAUCUGUGUUUAAAAUUAAAUAUUACUUCGUUAAAAAUUUUUCCAAUGAUCAGCGAAUAUUAACUGUGAUUAUAAUCGUAUUUUGUAACAUAAAUAUAAU